CAACACAGGAAACACAUAGCACGUAGCACAAAACACAGGGUUUAAAAGUGUAGUAGAGGACAGCAGUCUGUAAUCGGCUGCAGGACCGGCGAUUUUGGGAUAAAAUUAAGCAAGUUCGUAGCUGCUUCCUUUAGCAUGACCAGUAACGACUAGGUUCAGUUAACUUGAAACUACCUAACCUAGCCUAGCCUAGCUUAGCCUAGCUGACUAACUGACGCUAGGUAGCGUUAGCUAAUGAACUAAUGAGCUAACCAGGUGUAUUAUAGUGGAAGAAUAGAGGCGGACAGGGGAGCAGAAGCCUGAUAUCUUCAGUCAUUUUGAUUUAUGGAGAGAAGAGGUGGCGAUAAAGCGGGAUAAAUAAUUAUAGAAGAGCGGAAAUGUGGGUUUAGCCGGACAUGCUGUUGCCAAUGGCGACAUGGACGCUCAGGCUGCUCUGAUUUACUCUCUGCGGGCUGAGCUGAACACUGCAGGGAGGAGAUGAGUUUAAAGCAGCAGAAGAAGAAGGGGCUGAGGGGGUCAGUUGAUGACGUGUUGGGGGAUCUCUUGGGAGACAGUGAUGAUCCUCCCAAGAAGACCAGAUCUCCCGCUGGAGUCCUACCAUCACGCAGCAGCAAGAGGUCUCUGCUGGAUGAUGAUGAUUUCUUCAGUAAAUUGGCGGAGGAGGCGGAGAAAGAUGAUGAGGGUUCUGAUGUGUCUGAGGCAGAUCCAAAGGCUUUGUUGGAGAGUAUGAAGGACAUUGAUGAUAUGGAUGCGGAUCUGUUUGGCUCAAAGAAAAAGCCCAGCUCAGCCCCAGCACAGAGUAAAGCCUCUGGAGCAUCCAAACCACCAGCCAAAGCAGCAGCUGGAGCCUCAGGCGAUCACUCACCAGAACCUGUGGAGAGGAAGCCCAGUUCUGCACCAGCAGCUCCAGUUAGAGGCUUAAAGAAAUUCAGCUUCAUGGAUGAUGAUGAUGGUGAGGCUGUUGAAACUUCUCAGGCCAAACAAGAUGACAUGGACGACCCUCUGGGUGACCUUCUAGAUGAUCUGGAGUCUAAUGAGCGUAAGAGUGCACUCUCAGAGAAAACAAGAAAGCCUCUUUCAUCGUCCCCAGCCCUGCAAAAGAAAGAGGAAAUGGCCUCUCCUGCCCCUACACCAAAGAAGCGGGAAGAGUUGACCUUUGACGAUGAUGAAGAUGAUCUGAUAGAUGCUCUGGGAUUCAGUGACACCCCAAAAGUGAGAGGCAGUGCACUCACCCCCAAAAAAGAGAGUGAGGCUCCUCAGAGAGCACGUACCAGACUGGAUGAGAUCCUAGGCAUUGGAACGUCCCCACGCCUCCUCGAGAGACCAUCUACCGGUGAGAAGAAGCAGACGGCACAGCCCGAGAGACCAGCGGAGAAAACCUCAGAGAAGCAGCAACAGAAAAGUGCUGGAAAAGACUCUGUGUUUGAUGAAGAGGAGUUCACCUUUGGCUCUUAUCAGCCCACUGUAGUGUCCACGCCUGAAGGACGGCAGUCCCGCAGACAGUCUGUUCGAUUCUCCACCGAAGAUGUCAGCUCCCAAUCCCCUGACCGCCGGCCCAAACCCACCACUCCCUCCACCCCAACCACAAUACGGCCCGGCCGGCCCGGCUCGGACUGGCUCGGCCUUAAACAGGAUGACAGUGACAAAGAGGAGGAGGAGAAGGGCGAGGAGAAUGAGGCUGCAGAAGCACCGGACACUCUAAAGCCCCCUCCUUCACCCUCAUAUGGGGCAGCAGUAAAGCCCCCCACCCAAAUAUCCAAGCCCAAUGAGGAGCUCAGGGUAGCUCCAUCCUCUCCAAAAACGACCAAACCUGCUGGAUCCCAGCCUGAGCUGAAGCUGGAAGAGGAACCUGAGAAAGACUGGCUGGCCGGAGCGCUGAACAAGAGAAAAACUCACAGCGUAAAACAGUCGGAGGAGAGAGAGAAGAAGCAGGAGGAAAUUCUGGGCCACAGCGAAGAGAUAAACCUGGACUCGUUUCACAGCAAGCGAAAUGCCACCUCUACACCACGCAGGCAGCAGGAGGAGGCUCCCACGCCUCGCAGAGAGCCCAGCAGUGAGUCUCUGGUCAUGCCUGCCAGACAGCAGAGUCCCAAACCUGCCCCGGUCUCAAGGAUACAAGCAGCAGACACAGCUGUUCCUCAGCAGAAAACUGGAGGUGAUGGUACUGCAGCUGCACCUUCCACACAGCCACAGGUAACUCUGCCUGCAGAUGGCCUUCAGCAGCUUCUGCUGCAGCAGCAGCUGGCUCAGGCUCAGCUGUGGGGUUUGGGAGGUUCUUUGGAGCUGGGUUCUUUACAGAGACAGAGGAGAGAUGCAGAACAACAGUCUGUGGAAGUAAAUUCUCUCCACGCUAAAAUCAUUCAGCUGGAAGGACAGGUGAGGAGUCUCCAGCUGGAAAAGGAUCAGAUCCAGAUGUUGCUGGACAGUGUCCAACAGAGACAAAAACAGGACACAGAGCUGAUGGAGAACACCCACCGAGCUCGUGUGAAGCUGUUGGAGGAGUCUACGGCCCAGCGGGAGGCUCGGGCGCGGCAGGAGAACGAAGACUUGGCGGAACGCCUGGCUGCAGUGACCCGCAUGGCAGAGCAGGAGAGGGCAGAACUGCAGGCGCAGCACCAACGCAGGCUGGCACAGUGCCAGCAGGACCGGGACCGGGAGGUGGAGAGACUCCGAGACCUUCAGAGGAAGUCCAUACUGGAGAUGAAGAAAGACCAUGAGGAGCAGGUGCAGAGACUCAGGAGGCUAAAGGAUGAAGAGAUUGAUGCUGUGACCAGCGCCACCUCACAGACUAGGUCCCUGACUGUGGUGAUCGAGCAGAUGGAGCAGUUCUCUCACAGGCUGGGUGAUCUGUCGUCUCGUGUGGAGAGCACUCAUGAAAACACAACACAGGGUCUGGAGCUGGGGGCCAGGCAGAGAGACGAGCAGCUCAGAGUUCUGCAGGAUCGUCUGACGCAGCAGCAGCGGGAGAUGGCAGAGGAGAGAACCCGACUGAAAGAAGUCAUAGCCAAGAUGGACACGCAGCUUGCUGAGCAACAGAGACAGCUCCAGCAGGAGCGCUGGCGGGUGACUGCAGAGCAGGCUAAAGCUGAGUCAGCAUUAAGGGGCCUGGAAGAGGAGAGACGCAGCAUGAUGCAGCACUUCACCAUGGAGAGAGAGGAGCUGGAAAGGGCCAAGUCUGCUCUGCUGGAGGAGCAGCAGGCAGUGAUGCAGCGCUGUGCUGAAGAACGGAGAAAGCUCGCAACAGAGUGGACACAGUUCCACACUCAGGAAAAAGUGCGUCAGGACAGAGCAGAGCGUGAGGCCAGCCGGGCCAUGGAGAGGGAGGCACAUCGAGAGGGCUCAAUCAUCGGCAUCGCACAGGAGCAGGCAGAGCUGAAGCUGCGGGCAGGUGAGCUGAAACAGAGAGAGGACUCACUCCAGCGAGAGCGAGAGAACCUGGAUAAGCUGAGGGAGGAGCUGGAGAGAGAGAAGGAGAAGCUUAGUGCAGCAGCUUUACGACUCAAAAGCCGAGCACAGGAGGUGGAGAGUUUCAGCAAGCUAGCAUCUGAGCGGUACGAGGAGGGUGAGCGGGCUGUACAGGAGGCCAGGCAGGUGGAGUCGGAGCAUCAGUCACGACUGCGCACCAUUCACACCGAGAUGGAGCGACUCAGGAAGCAGGAGCAGAGUCUACAACAGGAGCGAAUGAGUAUGACUGACCAUCGCAGAGAGGUGGAGAGGAUGAGACAAAGCCUUCCCAUCAACCCCUUACCUCUCUCUACUGCACCUUUAUUAGCAGAGUUCUCCCCAGCGCUCGCCAGCACUCACCUGGGUGCUCCAGUGGCUGGUCCUCCUCCUGUAGGGAGCAAUGUCUCUAGCUUUGUUUCUCCAGAACUACAGGCAACACUGGCAUUGCUGCGACACACUGCAGAGAAGGAUCGGGACUUCCUUCAGGAUGAGCAGUUUUUCCUGGACACUCUAAAGAAAGCACCUCAUAACUCAGCCUUCCACACUGCAUGACAAACACAGAUGGGAAAACAAACUUUUGUACUCAUGAAAAUUAUAGAAUAGGUUUUUGUAAUUCAGCUGCAGUGUGUGCCAACACAGUCGGUAUAGUGUUGGAAAUUGUCUGUGGGGAAGUAAUUUCCCAGGCAGGAGCCAUAAAUGUUUACAUGCUCAUAUAUUUUAAAAUGUAGCAUUAAAACUGAAUGUGAAAAAUGCCAUAAAUUUACCAGGUCAGAUAAUUUUGAGUACAUUCAGAGCUGUUAUAUAUGAGGGAACUAGACAGUGGUUGAAAUAUUAAUAGGAACUCAAUAUGGUGUCCUGCCCUUCAACAAAAAGAGCAAAGUCAGCUUGUUGGUUAGGGUCAACGUUUUAGUGGGGAAAAAAUUCUCGAUGUGCAGAUCUGCGCAAGUGCAGUAGCCAGAACAACCAUAAUUUAAAAAUAUGUUUUUAAGAUGGUAAUUGGGCCUUUAAUUUGAGCAUGUUUGGCACUCCAUGUUCAUAGAUAUAAGAGCUUGGCCAAAUGCGUAGUGGAAAUGACUGCUUUGCUGGAGGGAUGGCUGCCGAGUAAACAGUGUUGUACAAGGCCUUUCUGAAGCUCUGCAUGUGGGACACUAGAGUGCGAAAAAUAAACACAAUAGUCUCUGAACAUA